AUGGCCUUCCAGACAGCAAAGCGCGAUUUGCGCAAACGUAUGCGCGCAACUUUGAAGAAUAUGGCUGCUCCAGUGAUCAGCCAACAAUCCGGAGUUGCAACCACUAAAUUCCUCUCGUUGCCCGAAUACCAAAACGCGAAAAGUAUAGCUGUAUACUUGUCAAUGCCGACCGGAGAAUUAUCUACUCGAAGCAUCGUACAAGAUGCUUUUGAGCGCGGCAAAAAUGUCUAUAUUCCGUACAUCCAUACAGUCGAGAAGGUGUCGGUCAUGGAUAUGCUUGCGCUCGAAUCUAUGACGGAGUUCGAGUCGCUCCAGCCUGAUAACUGGGGAAUCCCUUCAUUACAGCCUACACAAGUGCCAGGUCGUCGCAACGGUCUGACAGAUAAUGGAUUAGAUCUGAUCGUGAUGCCUGGCAUGGCAUUCGAUCAGGAAUUCCGGCGACUCGGACAUGGUAAAGGAUAUUAUGACCAUUUUCUAACGCGAUAUUCAGAACAGAGCAAGAAGAUGCCAUUCCUUGUGGCCUUGUCGCUCCAGGAGCAGAUGGUCGAGGAGGUUCCGGUAAUGGCGCAUGACUGGCUGAUCGAUGCGCUCGUGGUGGGUGAUGGGCGGUAUCUCAACCGCCUGGAAUGA